UUUAAAAGAAUAAAUAUGCCAGUAACGGGCGUGUAGAUGAGGUAAACCUUAGCGUGUACAGUGUACACCCACAGCUUUGCGCCCCACCUUACAGCGAGUAGCAGAGCUCACACAUUACUUCUUAGCUCGAUCUUACGGCGUCUCAUCCACAAUUGUCCACCGAUAACCGCCGUCUUCCACGUUAUGAGAAUCAGUUCGAGGCCCAUUGCAUGCCCCUUCAAUCAUCUCAUGUAAAUAAUCUAAAUUAAAGCAGACUCCCCGUUUUCAGUAAUCGUCAGGCAGGGCACGCUCAAAAUGUGUUCGCUGCAAAUCCCAAGUUUCACAGGCUACCACACUUCAUUCAACGGCAGCUUCUCUUCGCGGAGGAAGAGUUUGGGGAAAACCGAUAAUCCUUCGGCCCUUUGGAGCAGAGAGUUGUGUUUCAGCAAUGAAAUGCCGGUGGAGAAGCGGUUGCCCCGCCGAAGAGUUUUACUGAUCACGGCGACGUCUUCUUCGAACUUCUCGUCCCUCACGAUGAAUUUGAAUGAGUACAUGGUCGCGCUGGAGAAGCCUUUGGGUAUUCGAUUCGCCCUUUCCGUUGACGGAAAGAUUUUUGUUCAUGCUCUCAAGAAAGGGGGAAAUGCUGAAAAGUCGAGAAUAAUUAUGGUGGGUGAUACUUUGAAAAAGGCCAGUGAAUCUUUAGGCGGUAGGCUUAUUGAGAUUAAGGACUUUGGCGAUACGGAGAAGAUAAUGCAGGAGGCUGAUUCAGGAUCUUGUAGCCUUAUUCUUGAGAGACCUUUCUCCCCAUUUCCCAUCCACCAAAUGUAUCUUAUGGAUGAUGUUGAUAUUCUAUUUAAUCGUGGCCGUGUACCCGUAGCCACGUGGAACAAGAAUUUGCUUGCCUCAAACUUAAGAACUGAUAGCAGUGGGAAUAGUGGAUUUGCAUUCUUUUCAUCUAAAUAUCUUACUUCAAAAGGAUGGAAGGUGUUGGAUAAAUCAAACAAAAGCAGAGAGCAAACUAUGCUGAAUAAAACCCCUCCCAUACCUUUUAGCCCACUCGUGAAUAUCUUUUGUGAGAAAGGCACGAGAGAUGCUCAAUGGGCUCAUGGGAGUUUCCCGUUAGAAGAAUAUAUAAAGGCGUUGGAUCGUUCCAAGGGGGAUCUGUACUACAAUCAUGCACUUGGUAUGAGAUAUAGUAAGAUCACAGAACAAAUAUAUGUUGGCUCAUGCAUUCAAAGGGAAGCUGAUGUUGAGAUACUGUGUAAUGCAGUGGGGAUCACUGCUGUGCUGAAUUUUCAAAGUGCAAUUGAGACAGAGAACUGGGGAAUCAAUUCUAAAGUAAUUAAUGAAUCAUGCCAAAGAUCUAAUGUUCUUAUGAUCAACUAUCCCAUAAGAGAAGGUGAUUCCUUUGAUAUGAGAAAGAAACUACCAUUUUGUGUUGGCCUCCUUCUUCGCUUACUGAAAAAGAAUCACCGUGUUUAUGUCACAUGCACCAAUGGUUUUGAUCGGUCCCCUGCUUGUGUGAUUGCAUACCUUCAUUGGAUGACUGAUACUUCCCUUCAUGCAGCCUAUAAUUUCGUCACUGGUUUACAUUCUUGCAAGCCUGACAGGCCAGCCAUUGCCUGGGGAACCUGGGAUUUGAUAGCUAUGGUGGAAACUGGUGCACAUGAUGGACCUGCAACACAUGCUGUUACCUUUGUGUGGAAUGGACAUGAGGGAGAGGACGUGUACUUGGUCGGGGAUUUUACAGAAAACUGGAAAGAACCAGUUAAAGCAGUCCACAAAGGUGGCCCUAGGUUUGAGGCUGAAGUCCGUCUCUCACAGGGAAAGUACUACUAUAAGUACAUUAUCAAUGGGCAAUGGAGGCAUUCUACAUCCUCACCAACUGAAAGGGAUGAGAGUGGCAAUGUUAACAAUGUUAGCGUGGUGGGCGAUAUUGCCAGUGUGAGGCCUUCAAUGCAACAGCAGAAGAAGGAUGCAAAUAUCGUGAAGGUUAUAGAGAGACCAUUGACGGAAAACGAGCGCUUUAUGCUUGCAAAAGCAGCACGAUGCAUUGCGUUUUCUAUUUGCCCUAUAAGCCUAUCCCCCAAAUAGCAGACACAGCCUAUACGUGUCUGCUAUUUGGGGGAUAGGCUUAUAGGGCAAAUAGCCUGUACAUGAAAUUGUUCGGUUAAGUUAGUCAACGAGGUCAAAUGUUACCUUAACUAUUGGUAAUGUUACCUUAACUCUUAAGUGAAUCAAAACGGUACCUGAACUAUACAUAAAUGUUUUAAUUUGAGAUUUUAUUCAAAUUUCAGACCAAAAAACCCUUCAUCAAAAUUUCAUGUGUAGAGUCACCCUAUAGUGAUCAUAUGGACAAAACUAAGGUGAAGCGGAUUUUACGCAUAGAAUUCCGGUCGCCACACGUGAUUUUUUUAUUGAAAAUUUGAAUAAAAUCUCAAUUCGAAACAUGUAUGUAUAAUUAAGGUACCGUUUUGAUUCAUUUAAGAGUUAAGGUCAAAAAAUGUAACAUUAUCAAUAGUUAAGAUAACAUUUAUGCAUUUGACCCUAUGUCAACGCUACCGAUCGGUUCCAGCCUCACAUGUUCAGCAGAAUAGAACUAACUGCCAGAGGUCAAACCUCGAACCAUUAAUGAGAUUCAUGAGGAUGACGCCAGUCAUCAUGUAUUAUAUAACGGAGCUAUUGUGAGGUUAUUUGAUUAUGGGAAAAGGGGCAAAUAAGCCCAUGUACUGACAAAAAAAGGUCCAAUAAGCCCUUAUGUAGGAGGCUCUGUCCGGCUGUCGCCAUUUGGGGCAGUUUCCGGUGGAGUUUUUUGAUGAAUUUUUUUGAGAAUCUUAUUCAUUAAGUCUAGUUUACUCAUACCAAAUUUCAGCUAACAAUUCAAUUGGGAAAGCAUUCAAAUAAAUUCUUGAAGAUAACUGUGCUUUUAACUGCGCAGUUAUCUUCAAGAAUUCAUUUGAAUGCCUUCCCGAUUGAAGUUUUAGCUGAAAUUUGGUAUGAGUAAAUUAGACUUAAUGAAUAAUAUGCUCAAAAAAUUGCAUAAAAAAUUUCCAUCGGGAACCACCCCAAAUGACGACGGCCGGACAUAGCCUCAUAUAUAAGGGCUUAUUUGACAUUUUUUGUUAGUACGUGGGUUUAUUUGCCCCUUUUCUCUUUGAUUAUUAAUGAUACAAAUGAUCUUCUCAGCUUAAUGUAUGUCGAUUGAUUAUUGUUUAAUAUCCUGCAGAGCAAACAAUGUAUUAUGUAGAGAGGGGAGGGUUUUACCGUUCUAGUGAGAACCCUUCUCAAAAGGAGAACUUAUUAUGAAAUUUUUUAAUCACACAACCUUUCAUUUUAUUCAAUCAGAGGUUUUUUG